AUGAGAGAUGCUAUUCAGAAGCUUCAAGCGCAGGGCAACGCAGAACAGUUUGACAUUGGCCAGUUCGCAACGGAUGCGCUCGCUUUUGCGGACGAGUCUCUGAAGGAUCCCAGUCAGACUCCUACAACCGGCCCAUGCACCAUCAGUUACACCCGUCGACUCAUGUAG